CCUUUUCUCCAACAUCAUUCCAACACUUCUCGGGCCACAGUGAGACCUUUUCAUAUUGUGUGAUCUGUGACCAAUUUGGCCUUAUGAGAUCCAGGUUGAUCGUUGACGUUGAGCUCAGACGGAGCUCAGAAAACACCGCCACACUGGUUUCCUUCAUGUCACGACACAGUCGCCCAGCAAGUCGCACAGCAAGUCGCCCAGCGAGCAGCGAUGACUGUGACGUACUCUCGAAGGGUUGCUGAUGCAGGUCUGGGGACCUUCUUUCACCUGCUUCUGCGUUGGAAGGGCAGCAUUUAUAAACUGCUCUAUCGGGAGCUCAUCAUCUUCACUCUUCUCUACUACUUCUUCAGUAUUGUUUAUAGGUUUGUGUUAAACGAUGACCAGAAGAGGCUGUUCGAGAAGCUGUCCAUAUACUGUGACCGCUAUGCUGAGCUCAUCCCAGUGUCUUUUGUGCUGGGUUUCUACGUCACCUUGGUCGUGUCCCGUUGGUGGGGCCAGUUUGAGAACGUCCCCUGGCCGGACCGCUUGGCGGCGUUAGUGGGUGGUCAUGUUCGGGGAACCGACGAGGCCUCCAGACUGACCCGCCGAACUCUGAUGCGAUAUGCCAACCUCUCUGGUGUGCUCAUCUACCGCUCUGUCAGCACCGCCGUCUACAAGCGGUUUCCCACCAUGAAGCAUGUGGUGCAGGCAGGGUUGAUGACAUCAGAUGAGCUGAGGUACCUGGAGGACUUGCGCUCUCCUCACAACAAGUUCUGGGUCCCCUGCAUGUGGUUCAUCAGCCUGGCUCUGAGGGCUCGGACCGAGGGCCGCAUCAACAACGACGUGGCUCUCACCGCCAUUCUCGCUGAGUUGAACAGCUUACGGGCGAAGUGUAUGAAGCUGUAUGGUUACGACUGGAUCAGCCUGCCGCUUGUCUAUACUCAGGUGGCGACCGUGGCGGUCUACAGCUUCUUCCUGGCUUGUCUGAUUGGUCGUCAGUUCUUGGAUCCAGCUCAAGGUUACUCGGGCCACGAUCUGGACUUCUACCUGCCGGUUUUCACCCUGCUGCAGUUUUUCUUCUAUGUCGGUUGGCUGAAGGUGGCCGAGCAACUCAUAAAUCCGUUUGGUGAAGAUGAUGACGACUUUGAAACCAACUGGCUCGUCGAUCGCAAUUUACAGGUGUCCUUGCUGUCUGUGGAUGAGAUGUACGACAGCCUGCCGCUGGUUGAGAGGGAUAUGUACUGGAAUGAGUGUGAACCUCAGCCUCCCUACACUGCUGCCAGUGCUGAACACCGCAAACCCUCCUUCAUGGGCUCAGCCCUGGACAUCAGUGUUUCCAAGGAGGAGAUGGAGUUUCAAUCCAAUCUGGAGCAAAUCAAAGAACACGAGGAAGCCAACUACUCCACCCCGCUGCUCGGAGGGCUGGGCCGUCUCCUCGGUGUCCAGUCCCCGAACUUUCCUCGCUCCUCCCGGGUCUCUCUGCUGCGCCGCCGCCCUGGAGCUCCACUGAGCCGCUUCCCUCUCUACCUGUACCCAGAGGCUCCAUCAACUCCAAGUCAAAGCCGCCAGCCUUUGAACCACGAGCGAGAUCCAGACUACGCCUUCUCCACCAUGCCCUUGCACGAGAGGCCGGGUUUCUACAGCUGCCCACAGACGCCCAUCCACUGUGGGCCCCCGGCGGUGCCUCGCCCGAGACCUGCCCGGCGAACUCCGAACGACUGGGACCGCAGCUGCAGCUCUCUGGCCCCUCAGAUGGUUGGCUCACAGCUGCUGCUUCCCGACACCCCCAACCACGUCCCCCCACCACCGUCCUCUGCUUUUCCGUGGCUGAGUGAAGAUGGCGAGGUCCCAAGUGCCCCGAUGUUCUCGUUCCCAGACCCUCCACCUGAACUCUGCCCAAUAUCUAAACUCAGACCUGGACGCGGCCUGCUGUCUCGCCGCCCUCCACCUCCCCGCCUCACUCUGGACCCCCUCCCCUCAGCUGACAGCCAGGCCGGGCCCCCAAGUGCGCGCACUGCAGGUAACGGUGGAGAGAGGGUGUUCUCGUUCCCUCCUCCUUCUCGAACCGCGGCUACAAAUCCUGUUACUCCCACCAGCAGCCCGAGCAGCAUUAAUGCAACAACAAGCACCAACGGCGCUGGCACGGCGGCAAGUCUCUGCAACGGGACAAGUCACACAAAUUUUAGUAACCAUGGGAACUUCAGCACCAACGCGAGAUCAAGCAACGGGGGCACCAAUGGUGGGCUGAGCAAUAACAUGAACACAGUUUCCACUUCGCCGCCAUCGCAGCAAGAAGCCAAUCAGCAACUCUCACCCAAUGAUUCAGGAAUCUCAUUGGCUGAAGGGGACCUGCUGGGCGUUUUGCUGGACGGUGGCGUGAAGAAGGUGCAGGACUGAGAAAACAAGGUGUGACGGUUUUUGUGGCAUUCAAAAUAUUUCACACAAACAUGCACUAAUUUAUGCUCCAUCUGAACUGCAUUAGUCAUCUGGAGCCCGACACACAAUUCAUUCGUAUUUUUAACAGAGCAGAGUUAAUCUCUACUUUGUGUUAAACUCUGAUAGAAAAAUGAACCUUCUUGUAACAACUUUUGAGAUUUAACAGUUGAAGGAAAAAUAAUAAAGUCUUUAGUUACUUCUGAAACUCAACGAAAAGAAGCCAACAUGUGUAUAUUAUAGUCUUUUCAGUAUUGCUCAGUGCACUCUUAAAUAAAUCGUGUCGAACAUGUUAUGUUUUUGGUUUGUUUUUGUCAAUAAAAAUUAUAAUCUUGAAA